GCUCUAAAUUCGAUGUUAGAAGUUGCUUGCUAUAACUAUCAGAGUUGCAACAGUCCUGACCGCAAAGAUUAUAGAUUUAUUUUAAUUUCUGGAGGGAUAGGAAUAGAAAAGACACAGAUAGGCUGGGAAUCAAAGCAUCUGUCAUCUUUACUGUUAACAAGAAGUAGCAACACUAUUGAGUUUGUAGAAGCUCUAAAAGACCCUUGCUAUGUCUUUAUUGACUUAAAUAAUGAAAGUAAAUAUAUUAGAGACUUUGAUAAUAAGGAAACUCCAAACAAUAAACAACACUUCUGGCUUUCUAAUGUGAUUUGUAAGAUACUUCAACGUCACUUUAAAAUGCAACAGCAUUCAGUUGAUAUUAUCAUCAUCCAUCUUGAUGAAUAUCAAAUUUAUAUUAAUGAUAUUGAUAGUAUCAUGUAUAGUAAUAAUAUAAAAGAUGAGCAUGAUAAAAAAUAUUUUAUCGUUUUAAUCUGUACGAGAAUAUCUGCUAUAGAUGUACAUUUUUUAUCUACAGAGCAUACUCAAGAAAUGUUUGAGCUCAAGCCUUUGAAUUAUAUCUCAGCAAAGUCAAUGUUUCUUGACAAAUAUAAUUAUUCAAAGCAAACAACUGAUGAAGGAAGAAAUCUAAUGAUGCAAGGCCUCAAAUUACAUCACUCUUUUGAUCUUAAUAAUAAAAAAGUCAAAAAGCUUUCAGCAGAUUUUUGUAACUUUAUCCUGAAUCAACAACACUUUCGUAUUGCCAUGUACGACACUGGCUUCAUUCCAAAAUUUAUUGAUGAUCUUUUAAGCCCUUCUAUCCUUAUGUCAAAUAAUCUAGGUGAUUGGAAGGAACUUAAUGAUAUACAUACUCAAAAUUUCGACCUUUUAUAUGGGCAUUUUCAAAAAGCCCUUAUUGAUAAUUUAAUUUACGUUCAAGAGUCAAGGAUCAAUUCUGUUGUUUAUGAAAUUGACAAACUUCAGUUACAGUUAGAGAAACAAAAGGAUAUCAAUAAACAAAUUAAGAUUAUUCGCAAAAUCGAUUUGCGAAAAGAAGAACUUGACCAUCAAAAAAGUAGUAAUUGGAAACUAUCUGAUAUAUUUCGUGGCGCUUUAGGUGUUAAUACACUUCUCCAACGCAAGAAUAAGAAGUUUCUUGUAAAGACAGAUGAUGUUGCAAGUUUUGAUAAGUUAGUAUUAUGUGAUGACAAUAUUCUUAAUUCUGCCAAUAAUAGAAAAAAAUUAGCAAUCUUUUUACAAAUCAAGUACUCAGAACGCGGUAUAACAACUAGAAUAUCAACACCAGAUAUUAAAGAUUGGUACGAUAUAACAAUGAAAUCAGUAGAAAAUUAUAAGAACAACUAUUAUGUGGUUCUUGUUUUGUUCACAAACCAAAAAUGUACAGGAAAAAUUAAUAUCGAAACAAUGUCUCAUCUACUUCUCAUUUAUCUGAAAAAUCUUGAGAAGUAUCUUUCUCCAACAUUUGCUCAUCGUGGUUUAGUAAAUAGACCAAGUGAAAAUGAUUACUGA